CUGCAUCGCCAGGCUUGAGGAGGGUGGAGAGUUUCUUCUCUUAUCAGCUGUUUUACUGCCCCCUCCUCCCUGGUUACACAGAAAUUGGGAGUAGAAUUCCAGGAAGGACAGGUGGGUGCCUUGUCAGCUCCCAGCCAACAGGUUACAGGACAGACAGAAAGUGUUCCCACUGUGCUGUCUCCGGAGACAGGGAAGGGGCAUGUAAGUCAGGAAGCAGAAAGGACAUCGAAAGGAAGGGAGAGGCACCCUGGGCCAGGAGCCUCUGGAGAGGCUUGCAAAGUGAGGCCAGGGAGGAGUGGAAGGAAGGCCACAGACCCCUGCACUCAGUCCAGAUCCGUCCCAGAGAUCCAGCCUGCGGUGGUCCAGACAUCCCCUUCCUAAGCCUCCACCUGCUGGACAGAAGCACAGAUGUUCCAGAAAGCCUAUUCUGGAGUCCAGAAGCAGCAGAACUAGAAGUCCAAGAGGGUUCCUGGGAAUACCUCUCAAGCUGUAGGGUGGCCUGGAUCUGAGUUGGCCACCUGGGGCCCAACAGUGGCACUCCAGCCUGCCAGAGGCUGCCCAGAGCCGGCAGGAAAGGGUCAGAAGCCAGAGAAAAGGCAAAGGUGGACACAUUGCCUCUGGAUCUCUGGGAGCUGGCUCCACCUUCCUUCCAGCUUUUUGCCUUACUCCCCAGUGACAGGGACCUCAGGGACCCUGACCCAGCCUGGGGAUUUUGAAAGCGACCACCCCAGAGAAGACCUUUUGCGGUACAACUGAACCCAGCCUGGCAAUGGUGACUCCUUUGACAUCAAGCCUGCGGGAGCUCUGGGCCCACAGGCAUGGGGUACAGCCUGUUCCAGCUCUCCCAAUGUGACCUGCCUCCUUGAUCCCAGGGGUGUUUGAAAGGAGCCCGUGGAAGUCCCCAUGGAGACAGAAUCGUGCUUGGAUCAUCUGACCUGAGGCGCCCCGUCCUCCACCUCUGCUUGCCCUUUUGAUUAUUACAGGAGUUUCAGGGGAGGAAGUACACCACCCUCCACCAUUGUCGCCCUGGACGCACACAAGGUCCCCUUCUGUCCUUCUGCCUCUCACAGAGUGCUCCAAGGCUAGCCCUGUCCUCUGCGGGGUAUGGAGAGGAAGAACUCAGGGCGCUGUGGGGCCCCAAAGAAGCUGGGGCUGUCCUUCUCCAUCGAGGAGAUCUUAAAGAGGCCCACAGAGAAAAGCCAUGUGGUCAGGCCGGAAGGGGCAGGUGGACAGGGCACCAGACAAGCAGCAGCUCCAAGCUCCGGGCCGGAGGGGCCCCUGAAGGCCCAGCCCCAGGAGGAAAGAAAGAGCAAGCGGAGAGUCCGAACCACCUUCACCACCGAGCAGCUGCACGAGCUGGAGAAGAUCUUUCACUGCACCCACUACCCAGACGUCCACAUCCGCAACCAGCUGGCAGCCAGGAUCAAACUCCCAGAAGCUCGGGUGCAGAUCUGGUUCCAGAACCAGCGCGCUAAGUGGAGGAAGCAGAAGUCCGGCAGCCCUGGGGCCCCGAAGCAGCUAAAUGAGGCCGGCUUGGCCCUGACCACGUACCUGGACGUGGUGGGCCCCAUGAGGUCGCCCUCUGCUCUGCCCAGGCUGGCUCCUCCCACGGGCUGUUAUCCACCGGCUCCAGGCCAGCCGGCGGCUGCGUGGUUCCCUGGCCAGACCGCCCUCCUCCCGUGCCACCUGUGGGAGACACAGCCUCUCCCGGGCCCUCUCAUCCAGCACACCUGCUUCCCUGCACUGUGCUUCCUUCCACCUGCCAACCCCAAAUGGGGCAGCCCCUGUGCCACGUCGACGUAGGGACCAAGAAACCUCUCUCCAGUGGUGCCGCUCUCCUCUCCGGGUGAAGACAUCUGGCAGGAGGGGGCCCAGGCCCCUGGGGGGCCUUCCCUGAGCACGCCCCACGGAAGGUUGCGUCGGACUCCACGGCAAGAUGACCAAUACAGGAGCUCUCGCCUCUGCUCCCAAGGUCGCCCUCCUGGCUCAGAAGACAGCGGCCGUGGGAGAGUCCGAGAUGAGCUCUGGAACAAGGAGAGCGUCCGCUUGUGCUUGUGUCUCCUCUAACUCGCUCUGUGACCUCCAGCUGGUUACUCAGCCCCUCUGGACCUCAUCUAUAACAUGAGGCAGUUGGACAAGAAGACUUUCGAGGGUCCUUCUGGCUCUUCCUGUGGUGAGGUUGAGCCGUCGUGAGAAUAGAGGCAUACAGCAGGCCAAGGGGGAGGUGUUUGUUCAUUCAUUCAUGGCACAUUUAUUGAGCACCUACUGAGUUCUCCACAAACAGAACUGGACCUAUCUAGACGCGAACAACUGAGGCUCUGCCCCCGGGAGCUCAGUCCAGGUUGGCCAAAGAGAUUGUGCUGAGCUUCCCCGGCAAAGCAGGGCAUGCACUCAGUGACCUUGCAGUUGGCCCAUGCCCAGCAAAUUCUGUACGGCUUUGAUGUGAAUGUACGAAGUGGGAGAGAAAUACAGGGGAAGGUUGUUGUUGUUGUU